GUCGUCCGAUGUUUCCCACAGCUGACAGACAGUGAGCAGAGUCUCACAGCAGAACGCGCAUCUCGCACGACGGGCUUCAAAAGCGCACUUGGAUUUAGGAUUACCUUGAACCACAUCUCCCUUGUGGAUCCCAGUGUAGACCUCAUCUAUUGUCCUGCUCGGACAGUCUGAUGGCAUGCGUCUGUAGUAGUGCAUGUGGAUUGUAUUGUUAUUUGUAGUUGCACUCAUCUCUCCAUCCACGCCGAGCCCGAUGCAGUGGGAUGGAUGGUGUUAGAGAGGGGCUGAUGAUGGUGGAGGAGAGUGAUGAACAGAGGGACAGCAGCAGCAGCAGCGGCGGUGGCGGUGGCGGUGGCGCAGCGAUGGCCGCGCUACACCAGUGCGAACUGAUCCAGAACAUGAUCGACAUCUCCAUCUCCAGUUUACAAGGGCUCCGGACCAAAUGUGCGGCGUCCAACGAUCUCACGCAGCAGGAGAUCCGCACUUUAGAGGUCAAGCUCAUGAAGUACAUCUGUAAACAGCUGCAGUGUAAGCAGAAGGUGCCAGACACAGAAAGGCCGCCGGCACUGAACAGCUACCCACGGCUGGAGGACUGGUUACGCACCAUCAACGUCAGACCUGAGCUUAUAGAGGCUGUGAACGUGAAGUUGUCAUUGGAUGCUCUGCUGCAGAUGCCCGGCAGUCAGGUGAAGGAAACCAUGAGACGGCUGGGCUCCAGUUCAGAGGAGUGCACCAGGCUGUGUGCGGCCCUCAACUGUUUAAAGAGUGCCUCUGAGUCAGGGGAGUUUAAAGAGGACAGCGGCUGUUGGUUCUCCGAGCCCAUGAGGCGGGACAGUGGCGGCUUGACUCCAGUGGACCAGAUUCCAUUACUAGGAGGUUCCCUGCGACCACACAGCCCUUCCCCUCUGGCCCGACCCCUGACCACACCCUCCACGCCCCUCACCACCUGCCCAUACCCCCGCUACAUCCUGUCGCCCGGCGAAGCUCACAUCUACCACGGUUACGCGGAGAGUCUGACCGAUCCCAGUCCGUAUUACAGCUCCCGGCCCGUCAGACUCACCGGACACACCUCAACUCCGCCCAUAACCCCGCCCUCACGGAGGAGACACCGCCUCAAGCCUCCCUGCACCCCUCCUCCUCCCUCCCGCAAAGUUUUGCACCUCCUCCCCAACAUCUCGCUGACCCGCAGCAAGAGUCACGAGAGUCAGCUCGGCCACCGCAUCGAAGACACGCCCACUAACAAGUGUGUGAAGAAGAACAAGCUGUUUCUGAAUGUCCAAAUUAAUGGGAACGGUUGUGAGGACUCUCCAUCACGCUCGCCCACUCUCUCUGCACGGACCCCUGGGGCGGCACCCGCCACGGCCCCGUACACUUUGCCUGGUACUCCCACACUACAGGAAGAGUACAUCGGUCUGAGGAAUAAUGUUACCGUCCACCGCAGUUCACCUCAGGCUUUGCGGAGAGACAUCGGUCUGGCUGUCACUCACAGGUUCUCAACAAAGUCUUGGCUCUCCCAGACAUGUCAAGUGUGCCAGAAAAACAUGAUCUUUGGGGUGAAAUGUAAACACUGCAGGUUAAAGUGUCACAACAAAUGCACUAAAGAAGCUCCGUCCUGCAGAAUCUCCUUCCUGCCCAUCACAAAGAUCCGUAGGACUGAGUCUGUACCCUCAGACAUCAACAACCCCGUGGACCGUCCACCCGAAGCUCCACAGUUCGGGACACUACCGAAGGCAAUAACAAAGAAGGAUCAACCGCCAGCGCUGAAUCAACUGGACUCCAGCAGUAAUCCGUCCUCCACCACUUCCUCUACGCCUUCCUCUCCCGCCCCCUUCCAGCAGAGCAACCCUCCCAGUGUAACCCCGCCCCCAAACCCCUCCCCAAAGGGUCACCGUGACAACCGCUUCCACUUUCCAGCUGCCUGUUAUUUUCAGCACCGACAGCAGUUUAUCUUCCCUGAUGUGUGCAGUCCCAGCAUCCUUCAUUCAGAUGGACUCCCAGACACAGUUAAUGAAAUCGAUCCGUCAGUGGAGGAGAUGCAUGCGGAACAAGACGAGGAAGACGACAGAGAGGAACUGGAGGAAGAGGAAGAAGAGGAAAUAGAAGCAGAGGAGGAAGAAGAUGUAGCAGUGGAAGAGGAAGAUGAAGAGGAAGAGCUUGAGGAUGAAGAGGAGGAGGAUAUGGAAGAGCUGAACCCAUCCUCAGAAGGAGAGUAUGAAGGAGACGAGCUGGACGACCUGCCCAGCACGCGAGGAGGAACCCACUGGAAGGGUCCCAUCUCCCGGAAGGCCAGCCAGACGAGCGUCUACCUGCAGGAGUGGGACAUUCCCUUCGAGCAGCUGGAUCUCGGUGAGCUCAUCGGAAAGGGCCGCUGGGGUCGGGUUCAUCGCGGCCGCUGGCACGGAGAGGUGGCCAUCCGACUCUUGGAGAUUGACGGAAACAACCAGGACCACCUGAAGCUCUUCAAAAAGGAGGUGAUGAACUACAGACAGACGCGCCACGAGAACGUCGUCCUCUUCAUGGGAGCUUGCAUGGCCCCGCCUCAUCUCGCCAUCAUUACCAGCUUCUGCAAAGGCCGGACGUUGUAUUCUGUCGUGAGGGACACAAAAAACACACUGGACAUCAAUAAGACCCGGCAGAUUGCGCAGGAGAUUGUGAAGGGGAUGGGCUACCUUCAUGCUAAGGGCAUCGUUCACAAGGACCUUAAAUCGAAAAAUGUCUUUCAUGACACAAAUAAAGUUGUCAUCACUGACUUUGGCCUUUUUGGGAUCUCUGGAGUGGUUCAGGAGGGCCGACGUGAAAACGAGCUGAAACUUCCUCACGGGUGGAUCUGUUAUUUGGCUCCGGAGAUCGUGCGUAAAAUGAGCCCUGGAAACAACGAGGACAGACUUCCGUUUUCUAAUGCUGCUGAUGUUUAUGCCUUUGGCACCAUCUGGUACGAGCUGCAGGCGAGAGACUGGCCCAUAACCAGUCAGCCCGUAGAGGCCACCAUCUGGCAGGUGGGCAGCGGAGAGGGCAUCAGGAGGGUCCUGGCAGAGAUCAACUUAGGAAAAGAGGUCACGGAGAUUCUUUCUGCCUGCUGGUCAUAUGACCCCUGUAAUCGGCCCACAUUCACACAGCUGGCCGACAUGCUGGAGAAACUGCCCAAACUCAACCGCCGUCUGUCUCACCCCGGGCACUUCUGGAAGUCUGCAGAGUAUGUAUCCUAGAAUGUGGCACACUGUAAAAAGAGGACAAACAGGUGAAACCUGCACAGUCUGCAGAAACGAUGACACACUUUAUAAGUGUUGUUUGUUUGGUUACUUCCUUCCUGGCCUUCUCUUCACCAGGGGUAUUUUUAUCUUGUUCAGUUCAUUAUUUUUAUCAGCAGCACAUGUCUCAGUUGUCUCUGUUCAGAUGAGCAGUAUCCGCACUGGUAACUUUACAAUUGGAAAAAUCAAUCCAUUAUCAUAAAAUAUUAUUAUUUAAUUAUUUUAAUAACAAUACUAAUUAUUAUUAUUAUUAUUAUUAUUAUUAUUAUUCAUAAUAAAAAAUAACAACAAUAAUAAUUCGUCCAUCCAUCCGUCCUUCAAACAGCUUGUCCGAUGUAGCAUCGCAGGGAUAAUGAAACGGAUAUCAGGCUGAAAGCAGUGAAACACCCUGGCCCGUCAAUAAAAAUAAUAAUAAUACUUAUUAUUCUUUAAAUUAUUGCUCCUGUUUGUUUUGUUUAUUUUUUGAGGUUUUACUAGUAAUGUGUGCUAAUAAUGAUCCAUUUCUAAAACUACAUACUACAUUAUUUCUUCAGUUGCAUUAAAGGUGCAGUAAGUGAUUUCUGAGAAACUAUUUAUAUUUGAAAAUAUUUGAAGUCACCAAAACAAACACACCCCUACCCAAAAGGAUCACAGCCCUAUCUUCGUAGCUUCACCCCCAAAUUAACGAAAAUGCUAUGCAACACAGCCACCUCCCCCCUCAUAAGUGUACGCCCCUUACUGCUGAUUGGCUAUAAGUGUUUUGGUGCUCGAUCCGAUCCCCUUUCAACAGCGUUUCUUAUAAUUUGCUUACUGAACCUUUUAAGUAAUUAAUUUCCACUUAAAAUAAGGUUCGCUUGAUAUAAAUACUCCAGUCAUAUCUAUAAUCUGUUGUAUUGUAUAUAAAGGUGGUCCCGCUCAUUUCGCUUAUCAAUGUAGCUGCCAUCUUGAAAGCAGAGUACUAUUUAGUUUAUUUUUGUAAAUUCCCCCCAUGGAGGUGAAUCUGGACCCCCUGUUAGUGACCAGCAUACUUAGUGUGUGUUCACACUUGGCAGGUUUGGUUCGAUUUCAACGAACCCUGAUCCAUUUGCUCUGUUAGUGUGGUUCAUCUGAAUAAGUAUAAAAGCUACCAUCCGAACCCUGGUGCGCACCAAACAAGUGGACCGAGAUCACUGAAAAGGUGGGUCUCGGUCCGUUUCCAAACGACCUCUGUUGCGGCUCAUAUGAAAUAUGAAUGCACAGACCAAAUACAUGUAAACGAACCAAAAUCACCUGGUCAAAUUACCAUUUUAUAUAUAUAUAUAUAUAUAUGUGCAUUUAGCCCAGCACACAGCAUUGUUUUAGAUGUUUGGUAAGUUCCGUCACAAAAUAUACAUCAUAAAAGCCGACCAAUCAGAUUGUGAACGUAUCCCUAUGCUUUUAGGUUCAGUGUUAAAGGGAUAGUUCACCCAACAAUGAAAAUUUGAUGUUUAUCUGCUUACCCCAAGGCAAUGACAUUUCUUCAGUAGAACACAAAUGAUCAUUUUUAAUUCCAACUGUUGCCGUC